AAUCAUUAAGCUUAAGUUUUCGUGGCGAAGAUGAAGCUUUUUCCUUUUCACUUGCUGGAAAUAGUAGCAGUAACAGCACUCUUCUUUCUUGCCCAGUCCUCAUCUUCUGAGGAUACAAUGAUCCAGAAUAGCUCACUUCUGAAUAACCAGAACUUGACAUCGACGGGAGAUCACUUGUUCCAACUGGGCUUCUUUCAGUCUAGAUAAUAGUCCAGCGAACGGAUACUUAGGAAUCUGGUACUGCAAUCUCACACCGCAAGAAGGCACUGUAGUAUGGAUCGCCAAUAGAAACGAGUCUGUCAACAAAUCCAUGGCAUCCUUCAACUUCACUUCCGAUGGAAAUCUAAUCUUAUUUGAGGAAGACAGAAAUGUUUGGUCCACGGAAACGAGAUCCACAGGACUCAAUUCUGCACGCUUGCAGCUUUUAGAUUCUGGAAACCUUGUGCUGAACGACAGCAACUCGAUUCUAUGGCAGAGCUUUGAGGACUCGAACGACAGCGACACGUAUCUCCCUGGCAUGAAGCUCGGAUAUGACAACCGGGCCAACACUUCAUGGCGGCAAGUGUCAUGGAAGAACUCUAUGGAUCCUUCUCCGGGAGACUACAUCCAAAUGAUUCGUUCUCUACCUAUACCGGAUUUGGUCACGUUGAAGGGAUCCGCCAAAUACCAUCGCUUCGGCCUAUGGAACGUGAAUCGGCAAUGGUCACUAAGUUUUAGUUUUAUCUGUGAGAAAGUAAUGUCGAUUAUGGCGUUCAAUUCAUUCUCGCAGGUGGCUCGACUCCUGAUGAUGUACCAGAGUCAAGGUCGGUCUCGUUCGACUCAGAAGAUUCUCGUGAUCUUCAUAAUACUGAUAAAGGAGUAGGUAUGCUCAACACAUUGGGUUUACUACCUUCCUACGAUUUGUGUACAAUAAAAAAUGCAACAAAUAAUUUCUCUGAUGGAAACAAACUUGGAGAAGGUGGAUUUGGUGUGGUUUACAAGGGUCAAUUGGAAGAUGCACAAACGAUUGCUGUCAAGAAAUUGUCCAAAAACUCUUCACAAGGCCCAAGUGAGUUCCAAAAUGAACUCUCGCUGAUAGCCAAGUUGCAACAUAGAAACCUUGUUCGUCUUUUGGGUUGUUGUAUCGAAGGUGCUGAGAGGCUUAUCGUUCUUGAAUACAUGGAAAACAAGAGCUUAGACGCCUUCAUUUAUGAUAAAAUCAAAAGUUCUUUGCUAAAUUGGCAAAAACGUCUUGACAUUAUAAUUGGGAUUGCUCGAGGCCUUUUAUACCUUCAUCAAGACUCUAUCUUGAGAGUCAUUCAUCGUGAUCUUAAGCCAAGUUAUAUCCUCUUGGAUAGAGAUAUGUCUCCAACAAUUUCAGAUUUUGGCAUAGCAAGAAUAGUUGAAGGAGAUAGAGAUCUUGCAGAUGGAACUACUAGACCAAUUGGAACGUUUGCUAGAAAUCUUAAGCGGCAAAAGGAAUAGAACAUUUGGCGAAGAAAAUUCAGACAUAUAGACUUUGGAAGGAAGGAAGAUCCUUGGAUAUUCUCGAUGAUGCAGUAGAUUGCUUGUAUCCAACCAUCAAAAUCCUGCGCUGCAUCCUAAUGGCUCUUUUGUGCGUACAAGAUAACUAUGAAAACAGACCAACAAUGACAGAGGUGGUGAUGAUGUUAACAAGUGAGGAUCAUUUGAUUCCACUCAAGCAACCCACAAUAACAUCAACUCGUAGUGACGGAGAUUGCACUACCAAAGAAAUGAGUAUCACAAUCACAUGUCGAUGAAUUGUGUGUCCUUCACUUAUUUGAAUAUAAUUUUAUCAUAAACAAUACUAUUAUAUUUUGUGAUUUGUGUUUAAAGUAUUACUUAAGCAUGUUAAACUUGAAGAUCAUCUAUGCAAAUGAAGACUUUUUUUUACUGUUGACUA